AUGACGUCACAAUGCCAACGCGCCGCCGUGUUGUUUUUGUGCUCCCGGCUCUCGGGAAAAGCCGCCGGGAUUUCUCCACCUGAGCCAGUCCGUCCUGCGUCCGAGGGGCUCCGACGUCGCUUCUGAGAGCUCUGCCAAGCAGCGUUGCGACGGGAGCUGACGUUUCUGAGGCGGUUCUCGUACCUCCCGAAAUUUGGCGGAGGGGAGGGAGACGGGGAGACACGCAACCAUCAGCGAGGAAGGCAGGCCCCGUCCGGGGAUCUUAGAAACCCUGCGGUCCAUCAUGAAGUUCCAGUAUAAGGAGGACCAUCCCUUUGAGUAUCGGAAAAAGGAAGGAGAAAAGAUCCGGAAGAAAUAUCCAGACAGGGUCCCUGUGAUUGUGGAGAAGGCUCCGAAGGCCAGGGUGCCUGAUCUGGACAAAAGGAAGUACCUGGUGCCCUCUGACCUCACUGUUGGCCAGUUCUACUUCUUAAUCCGGAAGAGGAUCCACCUGAGGCCCGAGGACGCCUUGUUCUUCUUUGUCAACAACACUAUCCCUCCCACUAGCGCUACCAUGGGCCAGCUGUAUGAGGACAACCACGAGGAAGACUAUUUUCUGUAUGUGGCCUACAGUGACGAGAGUGUCUAUGGGAAGUGAGUGGUGGAAGCCCAGCAGAUGGGAGCACCUGGACUUGGGGGUAGGGGGAGGGGUGUGUGUGGGACUUGGGGAAAGAGAGGGAGGGCUCCCACCGUGGAGGAGACAGAGGGGAAGACAUCUGGAAACACUACACCGCACACACCGUCAUCAUAUUUUCACACGCUCAGUUGAUAUUUUUUGCUGCUUCCUCAGCCCAGGGAGAAAGCUUGUCAGGACAGAGGUGUUGGAUUGGCUUUGGUAGAGGAAUGAAGAUGAUUUAAUUUCACAACCUUCCUGUGAAUUAAUAUUUGCGUGACUUCACAGAAGAGGCAGGAGGCGGGCAAGUUGGGGCCAGAGAUGAUUGUGGACCACCAGUAACUUCCUGCUCUCCUUCCUCUUUGGGCAGAGAUUCUAUUUUUGACAUUUGCACAUGAUAGGUAGGGAAAGGGGAUGAGGAUGUUUUAGGACUACUGGUAGUAGAUCAUUCCUAGGGACCAAAAGAAGCCCAUUGUAAUUAGAGCAUUGUGACGCUGACCUAUCUCCACGCCCCCACCCCAUCCCAUUCAUAAUCCCACAGCCAGACCUCACAGCGCCACCCAGUGAUGCUGAUAGACAUUAGGCAGACAUUGGGAUGGCGCUCUCAGCGCUGGAAGAUGGGGGCCAGGCAUGAGGGACGGUACGGUUUUGAAGAUAGUUUUGGUAACAUUAAACUGGAAUUGACUAAGUUGAGCAUCUCUGUCUAACCUGCUCUCUCUCUGGUGCCCCUUAUCCCACACCUCUGUGGGACUGCAGUGAGCCACAACCAUUUCCAGUUACGGGCUAAAACCACUCCUUGAGCAUUUCCCAAACUUCGCUCCAUGUAUAGGGACAGAGAUGUCUUAGGUGUGGAAGGGGCAGGUAUGAGGUGAGACAGGUUGUUGUCUGUGCCUCUCACUCAGCCAGGAUUCUUGCUCCCUUGUUGCUGUCCCUCAGUCCCAGGCACACAGAACUGCUAAGUGAUGGCCAGCUGCCUCCUGAUUUAGGUUUUCAUGUCCUGCAGCUGCUAGUUAGACAGGUGUGAGGGGAUGAUGUAAUACUUCACAGGGAUUCUAAGGAUUCUGAUUAUUUUCACUUUCGGGGUUGUGUGGGUGGGGGUGGGGAGCAGGAAUCGCACUCAAGACAUGACAUUUCAGUUCAUCUCUGCUAAUGAAAAGGGUCCUUCCUGUGGGAGAAAUCUGUGUCCGUUCUGUCAGCUGCAGAUUUUUGUGUAAUGAAGUUUAUGCUGUCAGGCAAAGAAAUAAAAUAAUUGCAUACCUUGAAAA